CCGAUACUGCUUGCAACAAGCCUAUAAGCCUAGAUACAGUAAGCAAAGGCAUUGGCACAGGCGAGCAUCGGUGACACCGGUGCAAUCGGUCGCCCACCACCAAGUAUUUGCCCCUUGCCUCGUUUGACCGCUAUUCUCUUGAAAACAUAAACAUGACUGACGAACUCAUGAAUCACUCAUGAUACGUCUGCCAACGGGCCUUGUUCCGUUGGUGGCGGCCUGGGGCCUUCAGAGCGCGCUUCACAGCGGGCUUGUAUGGCUCCAGGCCGACCAACCCACCUCAGCGCUUACUGCGCACGUAGUGCUGUCAAUGUUAACAUUAGUGUUAGUGCUGGCGGCUCUGGCAACGGUUCACCUGAGCUUUGCUCCUCGCGCUAUCAGCCAAAGUUCACAAACGGAAGAGCUACAAAUCUUCAUUAGGCUUCCUUCAGGGCAACUCGUCACGUUCGUGGGACCUGUCGAUGCCACUGUGGGCUCUGUCUUCGACUUUAUCGCUUCCACGACCCUCUUCCAUCUAGAUAACAGCCGGAUAUGGCGCUUGGUCGCGCGCGGCAGCGACACGCUGCUGGAGCGUUCGACCGUGCUGGCACGUCGUGGCCUGGCGUCCGGUUCCGAGCUGCAAGUGCUCGCACGGCUAAUGGGUGGCACUCCAAAGAGAAGGCCAUCAGCACCCUCAGGUAUAGUUGUUGGGAGUCAAGAGGCUUGGCACGGCAAAGGACUUACAACCACACCGUGUGCACGCAGACAACUGGCUCAGCCUCCACCGCUUCACCCGCUUCCGAAACCACUUCGGAGACCCCGCGGCCUAGGAGACGCUGACUUUCCUGAGGGAGGGAGGGAUUCGCCUGCGGGUUCUGUUAGUGAGAGCGACAGCAUGGACACUAACGGUAGCGGCACCGGCAGCGGUAGCGGCACCGGCAGAGGUAGCGGCACCGGCAGCGGUAGCGGCACCGGCAGCGGUAGCGGCACCGGCAGCGGUAGCGGCACCGGCAGCGGUAGUGGCACCGGCAGCGGUAGCGGCACUGACGGCGGCGGCGGCGGGAAUGUUGGCAAUGGCAGUGACAGGAGUGGUGGUGGCUACAGUAAUAGCGGCAGCGCCCGGGUGGACAGCGACUACCUAUACUCCGAUGAGGAAGAGGAAGAUGCUGCUGACGCUGAACCGGGUCAUUUCCUGGCGGCAGCUCUACACCGCGUUGUGGCUUCUCUCGACCAGGACGACCCUGCCAACAUCAACACCAUUGAGCUGCUGAAUGCUAUUCUGCAGCAAUUCGGGCACCUGGCGCCUGUUGACGGCGACGGUGAUGCUGAUGACCAAGCCGGUGCGGUUGCCAACGACCUUGCGGCGCAGGGUAUGGUCAUGCAACCCACCAACAUCUCCGAACUACAGCAUGGUGCGCGGUCUGUGCAGCACUUCAAGGGCAUCAUGUCAGAGCCGCUGUGGAGAACAGGCACUCAAUCUGCACCUAUCACUGUGGGGCAGUUUGCUUACGCUUGGAUGAAGGAGAAGAUUGAUGGGCGCGUACGGGAUAAUGUUGCGGACCGUCAGCUGCGUUUCCUUCGUGACGUGUGCUUUCCACCUGGCAAUAACUUGCCCCCGUCGCUGUACAUAAUGAAGAAGAUGUUGGACAUUCCAGACGCACGUGACUUUGAGAAGCACGUUUGUUUGAGCGACAAGUGCUUGUUCCCUGAUUUCCCUCGAGAUGAGUGGCACCAGCACCUGCAAGAUGAGUGCGGCUGCGGCCAUCGACGGUUUAAGCCUGCCCGGCCAGGACACCAACCAGUUCCGAACAAGAGGUUCUACGACUUCGGUGUCGAGAAUGUCGUGCGCGGCAUGUUCAUGGACCCACGGUUCUGCACGUUUCGCGGCACAGGGCGCGACAACAACCCUGACGACUUCUACGGCUCGCGGUACGCGCAAGACAUCAAUGCCAAGACUUCCGGCGAGUUCUUCGAGCCCGACAGCUCGGCUUACGACCUGGGCUUUGACUUCGGCGAGGUCUUCUCAUUCAAGAAGUACAGCUGCGGGAUGCUGUUCAUUCGGUGCGCGGACCUGCCAGUGACUCAACGCAGCAAGCGCCGCCACUGCUUCCCCCUGAUCAUCACGCCCGGACCUUCGGAGCCUGACUCAAUGGAAGUCUACUUGCGCCCAACACUGACAGCAUUCAAGGCCUUCGGGCCUGGCACCGAGGGUAUGACCGUGGUGGACGCUGCUUCGGGCCGGACCUUUGGGCACAAGAUGUUUCUGGGCGGUAUCUUUGCUGAUACGCCUGCAAACCGGACGUUGAGUCUUUGGCUCUCCCAUGCGGCCAAGAACGCAUAUGCCAGAGACUGCACUAUGCGGUGACAGCAGGAUCCGGAUCUCUCAUGCGCACCACAUGGAUCGGGCACAGGUUGUGGAAAGUAAUCAUGACUUGGCAUCGGCGCUGGGUUGCCAUGGCAUUUCCUGCAUAGCGAAGGAGCUGUCGUACAUAGACAUGAAUAACGUGUGGGUUGUGCCCAUAGCGCAUGCAGCUCUGUUCGGUGUCAUCAAGAAGUUCUGGCACUUUGUGCUGGGCGAGUCCGUCAAGAAGGCUGAGAGUGACUUUGUGUUAAGUGUAGAGGCUCGUCGCAGAAUGACUGCACGUGCAUCCCAUUUCAUCAUUACUAAUGACUUUAACCGACCCUACCGUGACAUUGUCCCCUGCUCGUACUGGACCAUGGAAGAAUGGCUACACUGGACGGACUGCUUCUCCCUAUACGUCCUGCACUCGCACGGAGGGGAUCCUAAUAAAGUUGUGAUGCCGGUAGUUACACGGAAAGAUGAUGCAGGGCUGGAUCGUGAGUUUGACCUGGGGAGAAUGUGGGAGAUGUUGCGCACGGCCAUGCUGCAUUAUCUGCGGUAUGACCAAUUCUCGGAGGCUGCGUGUGACAGUGCAGCAGUAACCUUCAAACAGUUCUGCUGUGACUCGGAGCUCGUGUUUGGCAUGAAGUUUGCUACCUACAACAUGCAUCUACUGGCAUGUAGGCUACGCGAGCAGGAGCGUGCACGUGGGCACGUGGCGUUUGCAACUGAGUUCUGGGUCGAGCGCGGUGUGCAGCAGGUCAAAAGUGGGGUCAAGUUCCGCACAACCAGGUGUCCAGAGCAAAUUAUUGUGAGUGGGUUCCUUGCAAGUGCCCGGCUCGCUGAGAUGCGAGCUGAGCGUGGCAGGGGAGGUGGCACCGCGGAUGGUGGUGCAACCGGGCCAGCCGGGGUAGAGGCCGGCCAUGCACUGGCUGCGGGUGGGAGCCAGUACAAGUCAUUUGAUGAGUGGGUGCCAGAUUACCGUGCAGCACACGUCACAUUGACGGGGGAUGUUUGCGCGGAUGUAGAGGAUGGUGAGGGUUCCCAGCUGCUUGGGCGCGGAUAUGUGGCGGGUCCGACCGAGCGGACAGUUGUCUUCGAAGCAUUCAUGAAGGCUUUUAGUAAAGAGGACUUUGCGACACGUUCAGGUGUGGUGGAGGGUGACUUGCAGAACGCAAGUGUUAUUAUAUUCAAACGUGCACUUGUACGACGUGACCAGGUUUUACUAUCUACAAAGUAUAACUUGACCACUGCACGUGAGUCAUUUUAUGUGAAGACUAAGUAUGCGCCAUCCCUUGACACCCCAGAGGACGAUCAGGACGUGUCUGUGUAUGUUGGAGAGGUUGCAUUCUAUGCUCGUGUGCAAACCGUGCGUGGGGUUGUAUGCCGUGUGGCGAUUUGCGAAUUGCAUAAGGUGGAGGUGGUACGGCCGCAGUCGUUGUACUAUGCUGCAGACUUUAGUCGCCGCAAGGCAACCCCCAACCAAGAACGCCAGCAGACGUUCCUGAACUCGUUCCCCGUGCUAUUGCAAGCCAUUGACUCGAAGGUGAUGCGCUGCAAGCUCGACGAGAAUAAAAGUUACUUCAUUACGUACCACUUGUUUUCUCAGUUGCCAACCAAUGAUGGUGAUUGGCAAGGAGCAGUGCAAGUUGGGUAGCCGCUCACGCGGCUGAUGCAGUCUGUAACAUGAUGAUGUCUU